CUUGCAGUUACGAGGAGCUAGCCGCGGCAAGCGGAGCGCACAAAUCCAUCCGAACCCAGAAGCCAGCCCGUUUCCAAUUGCCACCCAGCCAUAGUUGUCGUAAUCAUCGUAAGAAAGUGAACGAAGUAGAAGUGGGAUCGGAUCGGAUCGGAUCGGGGCCAGAACCUAACCCAAAACCGAAGAUAACGAAGGCGUUACAAUGCUGAACACCUUCAGUUCGGUGAGGCAGUACCUCAAGUUCGAUCUCACGCGUGUGGUCAUCGACAAUAUAGUGUUCAAGCUGCACUAUCGAUGGACCUUCGUAAUACUCCUAGUGGCCACCCUCCUGAUCACGUCGCGCCAGUACAUCGGGGAGCACAUCCAGUGCCUAUCCGACGGUGUUGUGUCUCCGGUCAUCAACACCUUCUGCUUCUUCACGCCCACCUUCACAGUGGUACGUGACCAGAACCAAACUGCCUACAGGCCGGGAAGUGAGCCACCUGGUAUAGGGGCAUUCGAUCCCGAAAAGGACACGAUCAAGCGGCAUGCAUACUACCAGUGGGUGCCCUUUGUCCUGUUCUUCCAGGCUCUCUGCUUCUACAUUCCCCAUGCCCUGUGGAAGAGUUGGGAGGGCGGCCGGAUCAAGGCCCUGGUCUUUGGCCUUCGAAUGGUGGGUCUAACGAGGUACCUGAAGAACGAUAGUCUGCGUAUCGGCAAGCUGAACAUUCCCUCGAUGGCGGAGGCGGAGGAGCGGGUCAAGGACAUUCGUCGCACAAUGAUCGACCGGAUGCGGCUGAAUCAAUCGUGGGGUGCCCACUUGGUCUUCGCGGAGGUGCUCAAUCUGAUUAAUCUUCUGCUGCAGAUCACAUGGACCAACCGUUUUUUGGGCGGUCAAUUCCUCACACUGGGACCACAUGCCCUGAAAAAUCGGUGGUCCGACGAGCUGAGCGUUUUGGAUCUAGUAUUCCCGAAGAUUACCAAGUGCAAGUUCCACAAAUUUGGUGACUCUGGCUCCAUUCAAAUGCACGAUGCCCUUUGCGUGAUGGCGCUGAACAUCAUGAACGAGAAGAUCUACAUUAUUCUGUGGUUCUGGUACGCCUUCCUUUUGAUUGUUACUGUUCUGGGACUGCUUUGGAGAAUUUUAACCCUGUGCUUCUACAGAAAUGUCACAUUUACCCGCUGGUCUCUCUAUUGGGCCAAGCCUGGCCAACUGGACGAAAACGAAUUAUUGGCGGUAAUUGAUAAGUGUAACUUUUCCAACUGGAUGUUCCUUUUCUUCCUGCGCUCCAACCUUUCGGAGUUCCUAUUCAAGAAGGUUAUCUAUCAUUUGGCUAGUGAGUUCCCCAAUCCCGAUCACGAUAACGAUGUCAAUGCCUAUCGAGAGGCACCGCCCACGCCCGCUAAGAACCGUUAUCCGGAGCUCAGUGGUCUGGAUACGAUUGAUUCACCACUCUUGCACCUUCGACGCAAUGGCUCGCCCUCUGCCGGCGGAGCCCAAGGGCCAUCGACUUCGGAUAUGGCAAAGUUACCUGUAUAAUUUAUGCAUUUCAAUUAACGCUAGGCAAUUAAUUAUUGGAGCUUUGUCUUGUUUACACCUGUUUUUUUUUUAUAUAUAUAUAUGAUCAUUUCAUUAUAAAUAUAUUUAUUAUUAAGAG